AUGAAAAGGCACAGGAAGCCAGUUCCCCGGAACAGGUGCUGUGGCAGCAGCUGCUGGAAGCCCUGCGCACGGACCGCCGGGCGCAGGAGACGGCGGCGGCAGCAGGAGUUCCUGUUGGGCCAGGCAUUCCUCACCAUCUAUGAGGAGUCGGACCCGGACUACACGGAUUACACCAAGAAUCUGUCCUCCUCGCGUGAAAUGGACUUCAGGCGGGUGGGCAUUACUGUGCAAGAUGCGAUCCAUCGGCUGGUGCAGCAUUGCGAAGAGAACCUGAGCGACCUGCCGAGCCUGCGCCGAACCUUGAGGAUUCUGCAUGCCAUGCUCGCCGUGGCUCGGGGCGACUGGCAAAGAGAAGAUUUGGACCUGGCCAAGAUCCAGGAGGAGUUCGCUCGGGCGGGCGUCAGCAAGCUGUUGGUCAAGGUCCUCAACGAGAACCCCGUGGACGACGCCUGGAGCCCCGAACCCCGUUGCCCGCUUCGCUAG